CUUUGUCGAGAAACUCGACAUAGCAAAGCCUGCUUGAAUCUACCUGGAACCCUCCUGAAGCCCGUGCUGCGAAAUGCGACCGAGAAGCCGCGAUGACUUUGCGAUCGCGAUUAUCUGCGCCCUCCCUCUCGAGGCGGAAGCGGUCGAAGCCCUGUUCGAUGAAACCUAUGAUCGGCUUGGAAAACAUUACGGCAAACAACGAGGCGACGCGAAUGCAUACAUAAAUGGACGGAUUGGCAAGCAUGACGUGGUCCUGUGUUAUAUGCCUGGAAUGGGCAAGGGCAGUGCAGCUGCCGUUGCCUCCAGUCUGCUAGUCAGCUACCCAAACAUCAAGCUUGCUUUGGUGGUUGGUAUCUGCGGGGGCGCCCCACCGCCCCCCAAAUAUCAGGAGAUAUUCCUCGGUGAUGUGAUCAUCAGUGACUCGGUGAUCGAAUAUGACUUUGGCCGACAGUACCCUGGGGGGUUUCAACGGAAAAGUGACGUUAAGGACACGCUAGGCAGGCCAGGUCGAGAGAUCCGGGCUCUUCUAAAUGGCCUCCGCACCGAGAAUGCUCGCAGGGAUCUUCAGGACCAGACACAGCAAUACCUUCACUCCCUCCAACAAACAGGGGCCAAGUGGUGUCAUCCCCGGGUCCGCGAUAUCCUUUUCCAGGCCUCUUAUCUGCACAAGCAUUCUGAGCAUGCUUCUCCUGCUAGUUGCUCCUGUUCUGGGACUAACGCACCUGACCAAAUCUGCGAAGAGGCAUUAGGAAAGGAGUGCAACGAGCUGGACUGCGACCUAGGUCAACGAGCCCGAUGUCGAGAGAUCUCAGACGCUAGCCGGACUUCUAUAUAUAUUGGACCCGUUGCCUCUGCCGACACAGUGAUGAAGUCUGGACAGCAUCGUGAUCAGAUUGUCACCAAAGAGAAGGUUGUUGGGUUUGAGAUGGAGGGAGCAGGGGUAUGGGACAAUGUCCCAUGCAUUAUCAUCAAAGGGGUCUGUGACUAUGCCGACAGCCACAAGAGCAAGAUGUGGCAGGCAUAUGCAGCAGCGACCGGAGCGUCGGUGGCAAAGGCCUUCUUAGAGUAUUGGAUGCCGGUAAAGUACCAAGAUGCGAGCAAACAUGGCCACCUAAUAAUCCCCUUUGCAAGAAAUUCGCAUUUCGUGGGCCGCCAAAAAGAGAUCCAGGAAGUAGAGGAUUUAAUCUCUGCGCCAGACGGACCGAGAAAGCUUGCUAUUACCGGAUUGGGCGGGGUGGGGAAGACCCAAAUUGCGCUGGAGCUCGCUUACCGCGUUCGCGAUAGAGAGCCUGAAUAUUCAAUCUUCUGGAUCCCGUGCACCAGCUAUGAGGCUGUUGAACAGGCCUUUAUAAGCAUAGCACAACAGGUGGGGCUUCAGGAUGUGGAGCCAGCCGAGGUAAAAGAGCAGCUCCAGGCUUACUUUAUCCAGACCAAUGAGAGGUGGAUUCUUAUUUUCGACAAUGCAGAUGAAAUAGAUAUGUGGAUCAAGGGCAGCCCCCAGGUACCACCACUCAGAAAUAUCAUUCCUCAGAGUGAGAAUGGCCAUGUGCUCUUCACAUCACGCAACCAUCAGCUUGCGUUGAAGCUGGCAGCAGCAAAUAUAGUCUCUAUUCCCGACGUGGGUCAGAAGACUGGCAAGGAGAUCUUCAAGGAGCUACUAGUCCAGAAAGAUCUUCUUCAAGAUGAUUACAUGACAAAUAUACUUCUUAAGCAGCUUGCCUUUCUCCCUCUGGCAAUCAGCCAAGCCGCAGCUUAUAUUAAUCAGAACCGCAUUUCCUUGGCGAGAUACAUGUCACUACUGGGUGAACAGGAGGCAAGCACAAUAGAAAUGCUGAGCGAGGAGUUUGAGGAUGACGGACGCUAUGCAGAGAUCCAGAACCCAGUGGCUAUGACCUGGCUGGUCUCCUUCAUACAAAUCCAACAAAUGAAUCAAAUGGCAGGCGACUAUCUGUCAUUUAUGGCUUGUAUUAACCCACGGGACAUACCAGAGUCGAUUCUGCCGGCCACAUCUUCGGCAAAACAAAAACUGGAAGCAUUAGGUGUUCUUAAAGCAUAUUCAUUUAUCAGCACACAAAUUGAUGACAGCAGUUUUAGUCUUCAUCGACUUGUGCAUCUCGCCACUCGAAACUGGCUUCGGGAAAGAGAGAGCCUUGAGACUUGGGUGGAAAAAGUAGCCGACCAGUUGGACCAGGUGUUUCCGAAUAACAACCAUGACAAUCGACGUGAGUGGAGGGACUACCUACCACAUGCAUUGUAUCUGGCGAACAGCGCAGAAUUCCAGGCACACCAGGACACCUACCAUGACUUCCUAGCAAGAAUGGCAGGCUGCCUGCAGAAUGAUGGCAGGUAUGGUGAGGCAGAGAUCAUAUGUAGAAAUGUCCUUGAAAUGCGGGAACGAGCAUGCGGACUCGAGGAUCCUGAUACUCUGACCAGUGUCAGCCAGCUUGGUUCGGU